AUGGGUGGUCUCACCACCGCCUUGGCCCUGGCCAAGGAAGGCUUCAAGCACAUCGAUGUCUACGAGUCCGCCUCCAACCUGGGUUUCGUGGGUGCCGGUAUCCAGUUGGCUCCCAACAUGGCCCGCGUGCUGGACAACCUGGGCGUGUGGAAGCAGAUUGAGGCCGAGGCCGUGAACAUCACCGAGACGAGCGUGCGCGUCGGCGCGUCGGACAGCGAACUGGCCCACGUGCCACUUGAAUACAUCCACGACACGUACGGCUACCCGCACAUGGUGGGCCACCGGUCGUCGCUGGCGGGCGGGCUGUACGACGGCUGCCUGAAACACGCGGAGCAGAUCCACUUCCACUUCUCGACGACGGCCGACAAGGUCACGUUCGGCCCCAAGCCCUCGUUCACUGCCACGCCGCGCGACGCCAGCCAGGCGCCCUACACGGUCGAGGCGGACGUGCUGCUGGGUUGCGACGGCAUCAAGUCCAACACGCGGGUGGCCAUGCUCGAGCUGCUCAACAUCCAAGCCCACGUCAAGGACACCCACCAGGCGGCGUACCGGAUCAUGAUCCACCGCGACCAGAUCAAGGACGACCCCGAGCUGCUGGCGCUGAUGGAGGGCAACAAGGUGACGCGCUGGAUCGGCGAGAAGCGCCACAUCAUCGCGUACCCGGUCUCCAACAACACCAUCUACAACCUGUCCACCACGCAGCCCGACUCCAACUUCGCCGCCGCCACCAACGCCACCUACACCACCCGCGGCGACAAGUCCGUCAUGCUGGGCGUCUUCGCCGACUUCUGCCCCAUGGUGCAGCGCAUGCUGGCCACCGUCCCCGAGGGCGAGGUCUGCGAGUGGAAGCUGCGCGUCCACGAGCCCCUCCCCACCUGGGUCCACGAGUCCGUCGCCCUCGUCGGCGACGCCUGCCACCCCACCCUGCCGCAUCUCGCCCAGGGCGCCGCCCAGGCCAUCGAGGACGGCGGCGUCCUCGGCGCCGUCCUCGCCCAGCUCCCCGAUACCACCCCGGCCUCCAUCAACAAGGCCCUCAAGGUCUACGAGAAGAUCCGCAAGAACCGCGCCUACGCCCUCGUCGAGCUGGCUGCCGCCUCCGGCCGCGCCCUGCAUCUCGGUGACGGCGCCGCCAAGGAGGAGCGCGAUCGCCAGUUCGCCGCCCUCAAGGAGGGCAAGGGUCCCGUGCCCGAUAAGUGGGCCGAUGCCGAUGUCCAGCGCGAGCUGUACGGUGUCGAUACCACCGCCAUCGCUCGCGAGAAGUUCCAGGAGUUGUUCGCUGAGGUUACCGUGUAA